AUGUCAACAGAACCCGAGCGCUUCUUCCCUUUCCACUCCUCCCACCUCUCCUCUGUAUCUUCCAUCACCUGGCUGCAACCGUGCCGGCCACAGAGAGCAUGGAUUGCGCGUUUCCUUCCCAACGCGCGGCGCCCGCUGUCGCAGGUCCUACUGGCGCAAAUACCAGCUCCGCCCUUCUCCGCGAGCCCAGCAGCAGCGUCCAUGGGCGUGGUCCCGGGGAGUCGCUUGCGCCGAGAGAGCGGGAGAGGCAGGGGCACGAGCGUCGACACGAGAAUAGGUACGGGUAGGGAGGGCGGCAGCGGGAGGUGGCGGAGAGGGAGUGAGAGCAGCGCGAGUGUGGAGUUCGCGGGUGGCCCUCAUGUGGGCGCCAUGAUUUCCCCGCGGGGCAGCAGCUCUGCUAGCACGAGCACGAACACGGGCAGGGGCAGCAGCGCGCAUGUGAGCCACCUGGACGCCGCUCUCAUUGGCCCCAGUGCUGCUGCGGCGUUCACUGCUGAUGUUCACGCCAUGGCCGGGCCUGCUGCCCUGCGCAACCCCGGGCUUGCUGUGCAUGGUGGCGCUGGUGCUGGUGAGGGGGAGGGCGGGAAGAGCGAUGCUGGCUCCAAGAGUAACAGCAGUGCUGCUGUUAACAGCGGGGUUCGCAACAGAGGCAGCAGUGGCAAGGGCGGCGGUCAAAGGCCCAGCAGUCGCAGGCCGAAGGCUCAGAUCCGCAUCGACCGCAUUCCAUCGGACACCUCCGCGGAGACAGUGGCGACGUUUGUGCGAGACACACUGGGCGUGAUUGUGGACCGCGUGAAGAUCAAGGGGUACACCCGCAUCCGCGCCCUGCCCGCUGGCAGAGCCACAGCAAGCGCAGCCAGCACAGGGGGGGCAGCAGGCGCAGGGGAGAGAGCAGUGGUGGGGGGGACGCGGUACCGGGAGGAGUGGGUGUCGGCAGGGUAUGGGUACGCAGACUUCCUCACAGCAGAGGUGGCGGAGUUUUUGAUGGCGAGGGAGGAGGCGCUGGUGCUGAAAGGGCAGCAGCUGGCACUGCAGUGCACCAUGGAGCAGCGCCGCGAGCCUGAGGGGCUGCUCUCCCACGCCAAUGCAAAGGCGGGUGAGCGGGGGAGGGGUGGUGUAGGGUGGGGAGGCCGCGCGGCAGGAGAGGGGGGUGCAAGGGAGGAUGCAGGUGCAGCGCUCUGUGGUGGCUCCCUGACGUCCAUCCCCCUGGCGUUCCAGCGAGUGGAGUACAAGCUGGAGUGGCGCAUGCGGGACGUGCGCCUGUGGGGCACCAAGGACGGCACCCCCCGCGACACAGACGGGCCCGGCCUCACCUCCUUGCUGCUGCUGCUGCUCUUUGUGCCGCCUGCCGUGUUCUCACGUGCAUGUGACGACGACGUGUGGCAGCUGGAGCCCGACAGAUGGUUCCCUGAUGAUGGCGACCCGUGGACCCGAACCACUGACGAGCACUUCCUCCCCGCGGGGGCGAGGGCGGGCGCUUGUACAAGCGCAGCAGCAGGCGCGUGUGUGGGCGUUGGGGAUGAUGGAAGGGGAGGUGCUGGUGCGAGGCGGUGGGACAGUGGGCCUGGUAGCAGUGGAGGCCGUGGCGUGAGUGGGUGGAAGGGGCGGGUGUGGAGUGGAGGGGUGUUGGGAGCGGCGUCGGUGAUGCAGGUGUCAGUGUCGGUGCGGCAUGGCAUCCAUGUGAGGCGCAUAGCAGAGCACAUGCGCACUGCAUUGCUGCACCUCAGAGCACGCUACCUGGGCAACCCACCGCGCGUCGCCAUCACCGCCCACUAUGCUGCCGCCCCGCCCAUCAACCUCAUCCUUUUCAUCUCUCUCGACCCGUCCUCGCUCCCCAAUACCACCCAAGGCACAAUCCCCCCCACUGCCGUGACUGCCUCCUUGUACCGCACUCCGGCGUACGAGCCUGUGCCCGCUGCCGUGGCGGUGCUGAUGGAGUUCCUCCGCUUCUCCCGCCCUGAAUUCGACCCCGCCAGGAAGUUCUGCCAGAUCGUCCGCGCCAUGCGCCACCACGGCAGGCUGCAGACGCGAGGAGGCACCGAUACGGGGCGAGCCAAGGAACCAGAAGGGACGCGUGAGCACCAGAGUGAGAGGGGAGCAGAGCAGCAAGGGUCAGUUAUGGGAGAGUUGGAACUGCAGCCGCAGUCGCAGCAGGAACAACGAGACACGGAGGAGAAGGCAGGGGAAGCGAGCGAAGGGGAGAGCAGCACGUGGCCGUGGAGGCUACCAGCGAACCACGUGGUGGUGUUCCGGCUGCUCAUCACACCGCUGGGCGCGCAGUGCUGCUUGCCGGGCGUGGAGCUGACCAACCGCGUGCUCACGCACUACCGCCCCCACGCGCACCACUUCCUGCGCGUCACCUUCACGGACGAGGGCCUAAAGACCCUGUCACCCUGA